AUGUCACGUCGGAACCAUUACGAGCUGCUGAAAUGUAUAGGAGAAGGCGCCUACGGACGAGCCUACCUCGCCACCGACACAAAUGGAAAUACAGUUGUUGCGAAGGUGAUUGACGUGGGAAGAGUUCCGCAGAAGGAACGCAUGGCCUGCAUCGAUGAAGUUAAGUUGCUGGCAGCGCUUGACCAUCCCUUCAUCGUACGCUACCUUGACAGCUAUGUGGAGGGGCAAAGCCUCCACAUUGUUAUGAGCUUCUGCGAUGGUGGGGAUCUGGCCGGGCUGCUGCGGGCUCGCGAGGAUCAGAAUGCCCCCCUUCCUGAGAAACAGAUCAUUAGGUGGUUGGCUCAGCUGCUUAUGGCGGUCAAGUACACGCAUCAAAACAAAAUAAUACACCGAGAUAUAAAGAGUCAGAACAUUUUCAUAGAGAAGAAUAAUCGCCUCCGCUUGGCAGACUUUGGUAUCAGCAAGGCCCUCGAGAGCACGCAGGCUCAAGCAAAAACCUUCAUAGGCACUCCGUACUACCUAAGCCCGGAACUGUGCAAGGGCUCUCCAUACGGUCCUUCCUCGGACGUUUGGGCUGUUGGUUGCGUAGCAUUCGAAAUGGCAACCUUUCGCACUCCUUUCCAUCAGGCAAAGAACCUCGCAGAUCUCUGUUACAGGAUUUGCAAUGCUGAGAUUCCCCCAAUCCCUUCCUUCUACUCCUCAGAGCUCAAUCGCAUAAUCGGGCAAAUGCUCAUCAGGUGCCCCACCGCCAGAGCCUCUGCAGCUAAGAUACUCGAAAUGCCCAUGAUGCAGGCAGCGAUCCGCGAGAUGCUAAAGGAAUCACAGAUCCGCUCGAGCGGCUUGCACUGA